AUGGCCGUCGCAACCGCAACGGCAUCGACCGUCGGGUUCCACAAGCGCCUGUUAGCAUCACCAAAGGCCUCUUCAAGAACUAUUAGCCAUAACAGAGCCCUAACUCUCUCUUCUUCCCCACCUUUUUCUUCAAGGGUUUCUCUUUCAGCUUGUUCUCUCUCUCCCUUCUGCGGCGACUUCUCUGGCACUAAAAUCCGACCCGAGUGCCUCAAUCCAGCUUCAAUUUCGAGUUCCAAAGGCAAAAGAAGCGUUGUUACUAUGGUUAUUCCUUAUACAAGGGGAACUGCAUGGGAGCAACCUCCUCCUGACUUGGCAUCUUACUUGUUUAAAAAUCGGAUUGUUUACUUGGGAAUGUCUCUUGUUCCUUCUGUAACGGAGUUAAUACUAGCAGAAUUUCUUUACCUCCAGUAUGAAGACGAAGAGAAACCUAUUUACCUAUACAUAAACUCCACAGGCACAACCAAGGGUGGGGAAAAGCUGGGAUACGAGACAGAGGCUUUUGCAAUCUAUGAUGUUAUGGGGUAUGUCAAACCACCUAUAUUUACUCUCUGUGUUGGUAAUGCUUGGGGAGAAGCAGCCUUGCUUUUGGCUGCUGGUUCAAAGGGAAACCGUUCUGCUUUACCCUCAUCAACGAUCAUGAUGAAGCAGCCAAUUGGGAGAUUUCAAGGUCAAGCAACAGAUGUUGAACUUGCAAGGAAAGAAAUAAAGAAUGUAAAAGCAGAAUUGGUCAAUCUCUUGGCAAAACAUAUUGGAAAAUUGCCUGAGGAGAUUGAAGCAGACAUUAGUCGACCAAAGUAUUUUAGUCCAAAUGAGGCAGUUGAAUAUGGCAUCAUAGACAAGGUUGUGAACAGGAAACGCGUUUUGAAGGAGAAACAAGGCUGUGGGAAAGAGAAAUGCCGUGCUAUAGGCUAUGGCUACAAAAUUCAACGACUUGGCAAAAAAAGUGAGAAGAGAAACAACAGUUUUGCAAAUGUAUCCUCUUGCCAUUACCAUGGAAAUGAGGCCUUGAGGUGA